CGGUAAUUUAAUACUGACACCAAGUUCUUAAAAUUUCAAGUUUCAUAUUGAGCUAGAAAUGACUUCAGACUUAAACAUUAUGUCUCAGAUAGUAGAUCUUAUACAUAAAGGAGAUAAUGAAGAGAUACAAAAACUGCUUAAACUCUAUGAUAAAGAUCCUGGUGGUUAUCUACAAACAAUGAAUGAAUGUGAUGAAAUGCAAAAAUCUGCUAUUGAAUUAUUUACAAUACUUGACUAUCGAAAUAUAGUUGAAAAAGCAAUAAGUAAUGGUUAUAAUGAAUUACAUGUGAAUAGAAGAAAUGGUUAUAAUCUAGCUCAUUAUGCAGCAAUGUGGAAUCGUGCAGAUUUACUCAAGUAUCUUUAUUUCGCUGGUGUAGAUAUGUAUAGUAAAAAUAUCUAUGGUGAAACAGCUCAUAAAUUAGCUGAGAAAUAUGAACAAAAAGAAGCUAUGCAUAUUUUAGAAUGGAUAGAAUGUCGUGAUCAGUUUCUUACAUUGAUUCGUUUAGUUCGCGAAAUUUUAGCAACUGCUGAUAAGAAUGUUUAUACAAGAGAGGAAAGAAAAAUUGCAGAUGCUGCUUGUCUUGAUGGUGAAUCAUGGGUGAAUAAAAAUAAAGAAGCUACUCUUAGUAUGCUAAAAACAAAGAAAGAACAAAUUGAGUUAAUUGUAGAACCAUUUUUUACAAAAUGAACACCUAUAAUAUAAUUUACUCCAUUUAUAUGUUUAUUUUAAUUACUUAAACAACUAUUGCUAGUAAUAUAGCAUAUACAUUUAUAUCAUUA